AAGUUUUUUGAACGACAAAUAUCGGUUUUUUUCACAGAAAUGAAUAAAUGCUUCCAUUCUACCGCUUACAGCGGAUUCUGCUUACAACUCAAAACCCUCAAGAAGACUUUCGUGUUUAUCUUCAACUAUUGCAGAUCGGCAUUGCCAAGACUGCUCUUUCACAUGGGAAACAAAUCCAUUCUCUCAUCUCUUACAGGGGAGUUGCGUUUUCUACGCAUGCAUUUGUCCGAAACAAGCUUAUCGACAUGUAUAUCAAAUGCGGGAGUUUGGUGGAUGCUCGUCAAGUUUUCGCCGACAUGAAAGAACGUGAUUGCUUCUCAUGGAAUGCAAUGAUUGCAGCUUACCGAAGAGAUGGGUGUCCAGAAGAGGCAUUGACACUGUUUCAGCAAAUGCAACGAAUAGGUGUGCAACCCAACCAGUUCACUUAUUCCAGCAUUCUCCAAGCCUGUGCCAAAACAAGAGCUUUGGAACAGGGCAUGGAUAUCCAUCAAAGUAUAAUGGAAAAUGGUUUGUUGUCAGAUGUUGUAGUUGGAAGUGCCCUAGUAAACAUGUAUGCAAAAUGUGGAAAUAUAUACAAGGCACGUCAAGUGUUUGACAAAAUGCCUCAGAAAAAUGAAAUCUCAUGGAAUACCAUGAUUGCAGGGUAUGCACAAAAUGGUGUUCUCGUCGAGGCUUUGAGACUUUUCGAAGACAUGCCUCAGAGAAAUGUGGUUUCGUGGACUGCAUUGAUUGCCGUAUAUGCUCAAAAUGGGUUUGUUGAAGAGGCAUUAGAAAGUUUUAAGGAAAUGCAGUUGGCAGGUGUAAAGCCAAAUUCCACAACCUUUGUGAGCAUCCUCCCCGCCUGUGCCAAAAUGGGGGCUCUGGAACAGGGUUCGAAUAUCCACCAAAGCAUAGUCGAAGGAGGAUUUGCGUUGGAUGUAGAAGUUACGAAUGCCCUAAUAGACAUGUAUGCAAAAUGUGGAUGGAUUCAGAAGGCAUGUGAUCUAUUUAACGAUUUGCCUCAGCCAGAUGUGGUUUCAUGGAAUGCAUUGACUGCAGGAUAUAUACAAAGCGGUAGUGUUGACAAGGCUUUAAAGAUUUUCAAAGAAAUGCCUCAAAAAAAUGUGGUAUCGUGGACUACGAUAAUUGCAGGUUAUGCACAAAGUGGGUUUGUUGAAGAGGCCUUGCAAACUUUUAGGCAAAUGCAAUUGGCAGGUGUAAAGCCGAACUCCGCAACCUUUGCAAGCAUCCUCACAGCCUGUGCCAAAAUGGGCGCUUUAGAACAUGGCAUGGAAACCCAUCAAAGCAUAAUUGCAAGCGGAUUUAUGCGAGAUGUUGUUGAUGCAAAUGCCCUGAUAGACAUGUAUGCAAAAUGUCGAAGCGUUCAGAAGGCACGCAAAGUGUUCAGUAAAAUGUCUACACGAGAUAUUGUCUCAUGGAAUGCAAUGACUGCAGGCUAUGCACAUAAUGGUAUCCUUGACCAGGUUUUACAGCUUUUCAAAGAAAUGCCUCAAAGAAAUGUGGUCUCAUGGACUCUGAUGAUUGCAGGAUAUGCACAAAAUGGAUUUGUUGAGAAGGCAUUGGAAACUUUCAAGCAAAUGCAAUUGACAGUUGUAAAGCCAAACUCUACUACCUUUGUGAGCGUUCUCCCAGCCUGUGGGAAGAUGGGAGCUUUGGAACAGGGUAUGGACAUCCAUCGAAGCAUAAUUGAAAGCGGAUUUUUGUCAGAUGUUGUAGUUGCAAAUGCCCUAAUCGAUAUGUAUGCCAAAUGCGGUAGCAUAAAGAAGGCAAGUGCACUGUUUGACAAAAUAUCCCAACGAGAUGUAGUAUCAUGGAAUGCAAUGACUGCAGGAUAUGCACAAAAUGGAUUUUGUAAGGAUGCUAUCAAACUCUUUGAACUAAUGAAGCUCUCUGGAACAUCCCCGGACCACAUAAGUUUUUCUUGUGUUUUAUAUUCAUGUUGCCAUGCAGGUUUAGUAGAAGAGGGCUGUAAAUACUUAAAUGGCAUGAGCGAAUCUUAUUGCAUUACUCCUACAAUUGAUCAUUAUGUGUGCAUGGUUGACCUACUUGGCCGUGCUGGCUAUCUUGAGGAAGCUCUAGAAUUUAUCAUCAAAUUGCCAUUUAAACCUGUUGUGAUUGUGUGGAUGUGCUUGCUUGGUGCCUGUAGAUCAGAAAAGAAUAUACGUUUAGGGUUAUUUACAGCAACUCUCCUUUUUGAGCUGGAUCCUAAAAAUUCCGCUUCUUAUGUUCUCCUUUCAAAUAUCUAUGCAGAAGUGGGCAGGUGGAAUGAGGUUCAUAAGGUAAGAAAAUUGAUGAAAGAUGGAAGAAUUAAGAAGAUACCUGGAUGUAGUUGGAUUGAAAUCCACAAAAUGGUACAUACUUUUUGUGUAGGGGACAGAUCGCACCCACAAACAAAGGAGAUAUAUGAAAAAUUGGAGGAAUUGUCUUGCGGAAUGAAGGCAGCAGGGUAUUCUCCAGGUAUACAUCAUGUAUUGAAUGAUGUUGAUGAAGAGGAAAAGGAAUUAUUCCUCCAGCAUCACAGUGAGAAAUUGGCAAUUGCCUUUGGAUUGUUAAACACACCCCCUGGAAAAACUAUUAGAGUCGUCAAAAACCUUCGUGUAUGUGUUGACUGCCACACUGCAACCAAGUUUAUCUCCAAGAUGGUUACAAGACAAAUUAUUGUGAGAGAUGCGAACCGGUUCCAUCACUUCACACAAGGGCAGUGUUCUUGUGGAGAUUUUUGGUGAUGCUAAGUGGCAACCUGUAAACAUAAGCUUGCACUUUAACAAGUUGCAGCAUGUCAGAACAGCAGUGAUAUGUUGGGAUCAGCUUUUAUUUUCGGUUUCCAAAAGUGUUAUCUUUAAAGUAUCUGGAGAUCUAAAUCACGCUGUUCACUUCAUAAAAUCAAUAUCCACAGUAUGCAAUGUGCAAAUGGCCUAACUGUACUGGUGGGGUGUUUGUUAAAGCCUUUUUAAAUAAUACCAUAGAACUGUCAAGACUUUGAUCUAUUUUAUUCGGGAAGCCUGUACAUUUUUGGAAUGAAAAGGUGGAGGAGCAGGUGGAUAAGAGGAAUUCUUGAAGGAAAUAGGAAGGCCAGCUCCAAAGGUGAGAGAACAGCUUACAAGACCAAUCCGAUGCUUGGAGAUAAUGGGAAGAUAGUUUUUUGAUAGAUCUUUACUCAAACCUGUCAUUUAGUAUGGUCCUCUGUCUGGAUCAGCUGUAUUAUCAGGUCUGCCAUUGGAGAUAAAUCAUAUACACCAGAUCAUACAUGAAAACCUAUGUAAGUUUAUGUGGAUUUAUUUGUCAGGAAUUUUUAAUGUGCUUUCACAUUAGUAAUUGGCCUUGUGUGUAUGGUGCUUAAGAACUUGCAUACUGAAGUUUGUAGGUUGAUGUUAGAGAAUAAAAUCUGUAUAUGUAUCAUUAAAACCACAAUUGACAUUAAAUUGAUAUUAGUGGGAGGAGGGUUGGAAGGUGACCUGGAGAGAGUUAUAUAUGCAAUGGUCUUUCUUUGUUUGCCUAUCGAUCUCUGGACAACAAAGAGAAGCACAUGGUUUGUAGAUUGAUCAAAAAGGGAAAGAUAGUAUUUGGAAUUA